UGCGCAGUCUGUGUCGCCGCGGCCACACGGUGUUUACCUCGGCACUCUCUAGGCGCCUGUUGCCGGCCUUUUUCCGUCCCCUGUAAACCUACGUGCAAGGGUGGAGGAGAAUGUUUGUGGUGUCCGCAGCGGCAGUGAUGGGCGACGGAGGUGACGGGGCCGUGCAGAGCCGGAGCCAAGGAAUCCCUCCCGACAUGAAGCCCGCGGUAGGAAGAUCGCUUGAGUGGGUCUUAAGGAGCCGUGGGUGGCCAGCGGCGUCCCCAGCAUGCCAAGUCCCACGGCAGGAGAGCUGGGUAGGGGCGGGGCUGGGGCUGCAAGACCUGAGGCUGCCGGGAGUGAGUCGAGUGGCCAGCCCGCGAGAGCACUGGACGCGUCGCGUUUUGUGGGCUGUUGUGCUGGCGUGUGGGCUGGCGGGCACCAUUUACCUCAUCAGCAGCAAGGUGAUCCUCUACCUCUCCAUGCCGACCUCUAUGCGAGUUUCCUACGACGACGCCAACACCCUGACAGCACUCCCCGCCAUCACCGUCUGCGUCAGGGAGAUGUACGACUACCACAACUUGCUCAAGCUGUGGCGGGAGGCGGGCCAGAAGGGGAGGCUGCCGAAGGACGCGGACGUGCAGCUGCUGAGCGUGUCCAACCUGACGCUGGAUGAGGUGUGGCGGCGCGGCGGCUACGAACGGGAGCGACUCGUGGGCCAGUGCUUCGUGGGUCCCGGCAAGAACUGUGAGGAGCGGGGCGUGUGGCGGCCCGUCCUCACACGCUACGGAUACUGCCACAGCUUCUCCGGGGCCACCACUUCAGUCCCCGGCCAGCAGUUCGGUAUCUACCUCGUCCUCCGUUAUCGCGGGCACCCCUACGGCAUCCCCUUCCGUGGCUUCAUCGUAAGUGACUGCAUGGGCGCCCUUAUUCCUUUCCUUCCCUUCUCUAUUUUUGGAUGACUUUUUUGUUCGCGAAGCGAAGCUGUGUUGUGGUUCUUAAUUUAAACGGGAAAAUAAUGGCAGAACCGCUAAAAAGGCGAUCUAUUAAGAUUCGUAGCUUUCCAUCUCGAGCGAGCUCCUCCUAUUCGUCACAUGGACCAACCAUGUAACGCAGAAGGCGGUGCUGGGCGCCAGGCUUGGUGUUACAGUGUUACACAUGAAGGAAUGUUAUCUCGUGUUUCGUCACCCAGCACCACAAGUACAAAAUAACAGACUGCAAGAAAAUCUCCAGUAGUCGGCAGUACAUUAUUUAACUGGAGGUAACAAAGUUUCGUGUCAGAAAAUAAAGUGACGUUAUUGAGAGUAUUAUACUGAAUCUGCGGGCGGUGUGUUGUUGGCGCUACAGCUUAUUCAGCGGGUGGCUGGAGGAGUUGGUUUUACAGUGUGUGGGGGGGCGGGGGGGUAACCGUGGAGAAAGCGUUACAUAAUACGUAGUCAGUCAGCGCGCGACCUUCCUUGGGUUCACACGUGACUUUGCCCCGCUGCUGUGUGGUGUCAACUCGCUCUUUCCUCUGUUUUCCUCUGCUUUCGCGGUGUGAGGCGUUCUGUGCUUCUGUGAACUGCUGCUGUACUGGAGGACUACAAAACCAGGAGGAUUACCCUGCCUUCUACUACAGACCGCUAAGUGUUCUGAUUUAGUAUUUACUUAGUUAGAUAGUGAUCCACAGUUACUCCUAGGACAAGUGUAUUAAGCUUCCCACAUCUGCACUAAAUUCAACAUUCUUUCACGCCAACCCAGUGCUACACGGUUUUAUAUUGCUUUUGUGUUUUUUAUAUUGCUUUUGUGUUUUCUUCUCCUUCUAUUAUUAGGAUACUUUACUGUGCUGUGAUAAUAGGACUACGUGAAUCAGGCGCGCCAAGCUACGUUAAUUUCUAAGUCCACACAAAACACUAGAUAAUCCACUUUCCGCGCAAACCUAGUGAACACAGUUAUUAUCUUCUUUACAUAAGUGAUUUCUCUGUAUAUUAAUAUUGGCCUAUGUUUUGUCUUGGUGGGUAGAAAUAACCGCGCCUUUUUACCCGAGACACACCCUUUUCCCCGGGGAAUUGACCUGACUGCGACCUCACAGCAGCUGUUGGUUUGUUUUCCUAGAUACACAUUUUUGACCUGACGACCUCACCGCAGCUGCGUACUUUGUUAUCGUCUUAACGCGCCUAAUUGUUUCCGUCUUGCCUCGCCCAUAUCUUCACCAUGACGUCCCUCAAGCGUUGUUCUGGGUGUGGCCUUCGCAUGGCCAAGCAGUACUUUCUUUCCAAGGACGUUUGUAGGUUCUGCGUUAAGACUCAGAAGGAUGAUCAGAGGAUCAUAGAGUUAGAGAAUAGGGUUACGACUCUCGCCGCCCAGGUACACUUACUGGUUAGUGCAGCAGCAACAAGCCCCGCCUCCUCCUCCUCCCCUUCCUCUUCCUCUUCUUCCUCGUCCUCCUCCCCUCCAAUAUUGUCUUCACCCACACAGCAGCCCCUCCCAUCCUCCUCCUCCUCCUCCUCGACCAUCUCCGAUCUCCCCGCUUCCCACCCCUCCUUCUCCUCU